AUGAAAUCUAUUUAUAUAAAGAAAUGUGCCUCUCUCCUGGUGAAGCCACGUCACUAAUUCAAACUCACACAGCUUGCCACCUGUCCAUCUAAUAAAACCUCCGUUUCAUUUUAUUCUUUCACGCAAUUUGUUGGGCCUAUCUUAUUAAUUUAUCUGAACGUUUUCAAUUGUGGAGCCCGUACAAAACAGAGGCGUGAUAUGUGUUCGAAACACUUAAGAGUUUUUUAUUUUGACUUCUAUCGCUCUCUUUUCUCCGGCGCGUUUAAGGUUUCCAUGGAAACUGAUUCUUCUUCCUCAUCAUCCAGCAAUCAAUCGGGGCCGUAGCGAGUCUAGAGUUUCCAGUGAUCUAUUCAUCUUCUUCCUACUGAUCAAGUAAUCAAUCGAUUACGGAUUCGUUGCUAUUAAAUUCUCUCUUUAAAUCCACCGUACACGAUCUCUCUUCAAUGCUACUUUAGCUCUCUCCACCACCACCUUCCCGCGAUCUCCUCUCUCCUUCAUCUCUCCUCACAGCUUAUCUCACUUGAAGCUGAGCUCCCCUAAGCUGGUAACCCCCCACUUCUCUUCGCACUGAUGAUGACGACGACGAGGAUGACAUGAGUAUUUCAUCGGGUUCUGACGCCGUAGGAGGAGGAGGAGUUAACGAAUAGCUCUCCGAUUACGAUCUCGAUGAUGACGAGGUUGUGAGGCGUUAUUACGACGAAGAAGAAGUGUUUGGGCCAACAAAGCCCACCUCGAAAUCGAACAGAGGAGUGUUGAAUGAUAAGAAUCUGAGAAUAGAAGUUCCGUUUGCGAACAGAAGAGUCACUGACGGCGAAUCAAGACUACGGAGAUUCGCCAUGGCGAAUUCGACUCCUGGUAGCUAUCUCCGUGAUGAGAGACCGCAUACUCUGAGCUCCAAGGGUUCGGUGUAUUGGGACAGUAAUGAAGAUAUCGGAACCCCAAGUGCACCACCUAUAAUGGAUAUUGGAGAAGAUGAUAACAUCGCGGAGUUAGAGAAAGAAAUUGAGCACAUUGAAGAUGAGAUUUGCAGAGAAGCUGGUGUUGAGAGUCAUCAUCAACAAUUAAACAUUGGAUGCAUAGCUGGUGAUACUGUUUCUCAUUUGUAUCCAGAAUUUAGUGAAAGUGCGAGGGAGACUCAAACUGAGGAAGCUGCGCAAAUCGAGGACAUCAGCUCGGAUGAAUUGAAUUGCCACAGUAUCAGGUUAACUACUUUAUUUCGCAACUUACAACGAAAGAGGUUUGAAAUGAGGAAUUGUUGGGCUUUAUUGUGGCUGCUUAGCUUACAUAAUGUUUUACCCAUAUAUUUGGAUUGCUUUAAAUGAAAUAUGCAUAUAUUAGUAACCUACAGUGGACGAUGAAGGUUUCCUCUCAGCCCAAGCUGCCAUAGAUGCAAUUAAGGGCACCAUGUAAGUUUGUUUUCUCCAAAACACCAGCGUAUUUUACACGUUUACUCUGUUACCUUAAUCACAGCAAAAAAUGUAAUGUUUUGAUGUAAACGCAUGGAUCUUUACGCAGCUUACAUCAACGCUGGCUUGCAGCGUUAAUGAACAUAUCAGUUGAAUCUGUUCCUCCAGGUUUGCAUUUAAGCCACUUUUCGUUCAGAUUCUAGGUUUUAUGUUGAGAUCCGUACGGAUUUAGUCAACUUCGUUCAGAUUCUAGGUUUUAUGUUGAGAUCCGUACGGAUUUAGUCAACACAGUGAAUGAAUGGAAUCGGCAAGCUGGAAGCCCGACGCCGCCGUCUCUAUAAUCGUCCUAAACACAUCCACGAAACCGUGUCUUUUUUUCUGCAGAGGUAAUGUUUCUGAAAAUGAGAGGCGAACAGGUCUUUAUGAUUAUCAGGUAUGCUCUCUUUUGUACUUGAAACAACGCCUGGUGAGUGUAUAUGGGAGUAUUUUGGAUGGGUUUUGUUAGAUAGACUGAAAGAUGUCUCUGCAGAGCAUGAUCAAUAUUCUAAGGCAAGAAACAUGGAAGGAUAAUAUAGAAGCUGGGAACAUCUGAAGGAUUCUUUUACAUGCGUUUGGAGAAGAUCUUUAGCUUAGUGGAUGUCUGACUGAUUAAACUUCAGAGUACGCACCAAGGGGCAAGCCUAUGGAACAUCCCUGAUUCAAUACAUAUCAUACUUGGUGAGACAAUAAGUAGAAGAUCACAAACAAGUAACUGUUUUUAGGUGUGAGAGAGCUUCUUGAGUAUGAAUUUUAUAAUAACAAAACGGGUUCUAUUGCAGUGAUACUAAUGUGGUUGCUCCAUUCAUAUGCUGAAAUGAAUUUUCAGAUUUAGUUACUUUAAAGUAUCUGGAGUUUGUUGUUGACUCAGUACGAUAGCUUUGUUUUCAUUUGAAAUGAACCAAUAUAUUUUUGGUUUAA